AUGGCAACUGCUAAAAUUCAUUUCAAGCCAUAUUUUGAUGAAGUGAUGGCUGCUGAGCAUCUCGAGAAGGCUUUGAGAAACAAAGAGAAGCUGAAAAUUCUGGAGAUUUUGAUUUCUGUGAACAACACUCAACGUCAAAUGAUUCGAACACCCUACAAAACUCGUUACGGAAAAGAUCUCGAAGAAGAAAUCAAAAAGGCAUUCUCAGGAGAUUUCGAAGAUUUUCUAGCUGCUCUUCUCCGAACUCCAACUAAACUCGAUGUGACGGAAUUGAAUAGAGCGGUCAAAGGACUUGGAACUAAUGAGAAGAACCUUAUUGAAAUUCUUACAACUAGAACCAAUGAAGAAAUCGAAGCAACCAAGAACACCUACUUCAUGACUUAUGGAAAGUCUUUGGAAGAUGCCAUUUCUGCCGAUACUUCUGGAGACUUCCGACGUCUUCUAAUCAUCAUUCUGCAAGCGAAACGAGAAGAAUCUGGAUUUGCGGAUACAUUCAAAGUGGGAAACCAUGCUGCUCAAAUUCUGAAAAGCUUUGAUAAAAAGUCUGGAGUUGAGAAGUUUGAAGCCUUCAAAAUCUUUGCCAUCGCCAACGGAGCACAUGCUCAAAAAGUGAUUGAAGAAGUGGAAAGACAGUCUGGAAAAGAAUUCCAAAAGCUUGCUGAGAAGGAAUUGAGUGGAGAUUUCAAGAAUCUGAUUCUUUCUUUGAUUGAGACUUCUCGAAAUAAACCAAGAUUCUUGGCGAAUUCCAUUCAUUUGGCAACCAAGGGAAUGGGAACCCGUGACAAGGAUCUGAUUCGUAUUUUGGUGUCGAGAUCAGAAAAUGAUUUGGUGCUCAUUGAACACGAAUUCCAGGUUCUAUUCGGAAAACCACUGACCCAGCUAAUCAAGGAAGAGUGUAAGGCCGAGUACCGUGAUGGUUUGACGAUGCUUGUCAAGGGAAACACUCGACCGUAA